AUGCGUGAGGCUCUUGACUUUACCCAGUCUUCACCACGCGCUUCUUCCCCGACGCCUGUCGGCGCCUCUACUGGUGCCGCCGCCAACCGUGGCGCCUCGCCCUCGCCGCCGCCCCCACCAGGAGGUGCCCGCACGCAGAUCCGCCGUCGCGCAGCUGCCGAUCAGAAGGAGAAGGCUGCCAAUGCGCGGCCGAGCAGCACCCGGGCUGCGGGUGCGGGUGGUAGCAGCAGCACGAUGUUGAGACUGUACACCGAUGAGUCGCCUGGCUUGAAGGUGGACCCCGUGGUGGUACUCGUCUUGUCGCUGGUGUUUAUCUUCAGCGUCGUUGCUCUGCACAUCAUCGCCAAGAUCACUCGGCGAUUCUCGAGCUAA